CAACAUUUUCUUUUCACCUUUAAUAUAUUUAGUUGUAAUGUAUUUUUGUGUUAGGGAUGUUUCCAUUCCUAAGGUGAACUUUAAAGUUCUGAAAUCAAUUAUUUCCUUGAUGGUGGGGGUGGGGGUGAGACUUUCUGUAACAGAAUGGUUGCAAUAGUUGCAAUAGUUGAGACUCCUGUGUGGGGGUUAAUAAUUUAUUCCCUGUAAGGAAUUCUGUCUUAAGUGGGGCAUAUUCUUCAAGUGCCAGAGGAGAGAGAGAAGGGGUGAUUUUUCUGACAUCUUCCAGUCUGCUUCUCCAUAUUUGGAAAUGUUUACCCACCACACUGAUCUAUUGGAAGAGAAGGAGGUGACUCAGGGUUUAGGAGAAGCAGGAUUUGAAUUCUUGUUUCCAGAAACAAAGUUGUCCCCCCUCCCCUGCCCCUUGCCCUCCCCCCUCCAUUCCUCUGCCCCUUGUUGUGGAAGUAGAGGAGAGAAUGUUUCAGUUCUAUUCUUCUUUGGGCUUUGGGACCACCUCCUUGCUGUGUUCUUUUCUGGGCCCGAGAGUGAGAGAGAGAGUGAGAGAGAGUGGAAGGCCAGCUGUCUUGGGGGCCUGACCUCCUCACAUACUAGCAUUUAUAUUGGCUGAACCUUGUGCCCACUGUCCGGGAGUCAGCUAUCAAAGAUUUCAACAAUGUCUCAUCCAUCUUGGCUGCCACCCAAAAGCACUGGUGAGCCUCUCGGCCAUGUGCCUGCACGGAUGGAGACCACCCAUUCUUUUGGGACUCCUAGUAUUUCUGUGUCUAUGCAACAACCACCCAAGAAGUUUGCACCAGUAGUUGCUCCAAAACCCAAAUACAACCCAUACAAACAACCUGGAAGUGAGGGUGAUUUUCUCCCACCGCCUCCUCCCCCUCUAGAUGAUCACAUUGCCCUUCCAUCUGGUUCUGGAAAAUUUCCCCCUCCCCCGCCCCUGGAUGAAGGAGCUUUUAAAGUACAGGGAAGUCCAGGAAGCAAGACCCUGGAAGAGAGACGCUCUAGCUUGGAUGCUGAGAUUGACUCAUUGACCAGUAUCUUAGCUGACCUGGAAUGCAGCUCCCCCUACAAACCUCGGCCCCCACAGGGGUCAAAUAGUUCAACAGCCUCUCCACCAGUUUCUACUCCUGUCACAGGACACAAGAGAAUGGUCAUCCCAAACCAACCCCCUCUAACAGCAACCAAAAAGUCUACCAUGAAGCCACAGCCUGCACCCCAAACUGCACCCAUCCCUGUGACUCCAAUAGGAACACUGAAGCCCCAGCCUCAGCCCGUUCCAGCAUCCUAUACCACAGCAUCCACACCUUCAAGGCCCACCUUCAAUGUGCAGGUGAAAUCAGCCCAGCCCAGCCCUCAUUACAUGGCUGGUCCUUCAUCAGGACAGAUGUAUGGCCCAGGGCUCCAGGCCUAUAAUACUCAGCCAGUUCCUAUGUCAGCACAGAGCCCACCUUCUUCAACCCGAGCUGGUAUUGAUUAUGCAUAUAUUCCACCACCUGAGCCUGCAUAUGGUUAUGCCCCUAAUCAAGGCCGCCAUUAUGAAUCUUAUUAUGCAGCAGGUCCUGGUUAUGGGGGAAGAAAUGACUCUGACCCUGGCUAUGGCCAACAAGGCCAUCCCAAUACCUGGAAGCAAGAACCCAGGUACAAUCCUCCUGGCAUAGGGAACCAGAAUCCUACUGGGAUGUAUCCAGCCACAGGCAUCAAGAAGACCUACAUCACGGAUCCUGUUUCUGCCCCCUGUGCACCGCCAAUGCAGCCAAAGACUGGACACACAGGACCAAUGGGGCCUUCAUCUAUUACCCCAGCAUUCCGCCCUGAAGAUGAGCUCGAACACCUGACCAAAAAGAUGCUUUAUGAUAUGGAAAAUCCACCUUCUGAUGAGUACUUUGGCCGCUGUGCUCGCUGUGGGGAAAAUGUGGUCGGGGAAGGUACAGGAUGCACUGCAAUGGACCAGGUCUUCCAUGUGGAUUGUUUCACCUGUAUCAUCUGCAACAACAAGCUCCGAGGUCAGCCCUUCUAUGCUGUGGAGAAGAAGGCCUACUGUGAGCCCUGCUACAUUAAUACUCUGGAGCAGUGCAACGUGUGUUCCAAGCCUAUCAUGGAACGGAUUCUCCGUGCUACUGGCAAGGCCUAUCAUCCUCACUGCUUCACCUGUGUGAUGUGCCACCGCAGCCUUGAUGGCAUUCCAUUCACUGUGGAUGCUGCUGGGCUCAUUCACUGCAUUGAGGACUUCCACAAGAAAUUUGCGCCUCGAUGUUCUGUAUGCAAGGAGCCUAUCAUGCCAGCCCCGGGCCAGGAAGAGACUGUUCGCAUUGUGGCCCUGGACCGUGACUUCCAUGUGCACUGCUACCGCUGUGAGGAUUGCGGUGGUCUCCUGUCUGAAGGAGACAACCAAGGUUGCUACCCCUUGGAUGGACACAUUCUCUGCAAGACCUGCAACUCUACUCGCAUCAGGGUGCUAACUGCGAAGGCGAGCACUGACUUGUAGAUCCAGGAGCUUGCUUUAGCUGCUGAGUGCACAGCAGCACUGAGAAGAAUGAAAUACACACCAAGAUAAGGAAUAGGAAAAAUAGAGGCAAGGCCACCAAGCUAUGUUUUUCAUCUGUUGUGAACCUUUGUUUAGAAACACAUAGAUUAUGAAAUUCUUUUUUUCUUUUAAGUUCUUACCAAAUACAUACUUCACAAGAGAUCAUGUAAGGCCUCCACAGGCCUUUGUUCUAAAGACAUUCACAUUUUUGCAUGGAUUAAGCUCUGUCUCAUUCACUUCUGCAUUCCUCUCACUUCUAAUCCUUGUGUUUUUCUCACUUUUCAUUUGGUUGAAUAGUUGUUUUUUUGUUGUUUUUUAAGUGUGGUAUUUGCUGACUUCUUUUUUUUUAUUUUUUUGCUGGGUGAAUGUUCCAAUUCACAGGUGCUCAUAGCUUGCAGUCUCACCCAAUAUUCCAGACUGCCUAUGAUUCUAGGGUUGGUUAGCCAUUCUCUUGCUCUGUACUGAAAAGUAUAUUUUCUUGUUGUAGUAUACCACUCAUGCAACAUAAAGGGGGAAAAGGUGUACAUUUUUCCAUGUUAGGCUAUAAAAAUUUAAGACUUAAAGUAUAAUACAUCCACACAAGCCCCAACUCAAAUUACAUCAAUCCAAAUUCAAAAAUCUAUGGUGAUCCAUGGUUAAAGCUCAUCAAAAAAGUAGUAUGGGUCAAUAGCUAAUGGCUGGUGAAUGAGAACCACACUUUAGUUGUUUUCUAAAAAUGAUUAUGGGGUGGGUUAUGCCGAACAAAGCAUUUUAAGACUGUGUUUGAAAAAUGCAUUAUUAUCCUUUGUUCUAUCUUAAGAUUUACUUUUCCAUACUACCUGGACAUAAUAUAAGCAGAUUUGCUUUUGUAACAUUUUCAGUACUGUCCCACUUUCCAUCUUAGAAUUAUAUAUAACAUGAAAUCAUAUUUUAUAUUUUUUUCCUAAUACUCAAACACAACUAACAAAAUUGACUUUCUCUAGAGGAAUUUACCUAUUAAAAAAUAUUUCAAAUUCCUUCCUUUUCCUUUUCUUUUCUUUCUUAACUCCCCAGACCCAAGUCUUUUUUUUGCUUGACUUUUGCAAAUCAAGACACACAAAAUGAAGUAGUGUAGCUUUGUUGCAUUUACUUUAAAAAGAAAGAAAUGGUUUCAAGAUUGUGAAACCAGUUUCAUUAUUCUCCUAAUCCUUCUGCAACUUGAAUUAUGUAUUGCAGGAAACAUUUUCAUAUCAUCAGUGUGACAUUUAUACCACACUUUCAAAGACAAUCACUGUAAAAAAAAAUCCUUUCUGUGCUAAAAAUAUGCAGAAUCUCUGCCUAAAAUCUGUAUUCAAAUUCUUAUUAGCCAGUGAAAUACUUGCUUGCCAACUGCAGAGCCAAAUUAAGUUCUAGCAUGUUUCACUUAAGGAGAGACACCUAGCUUAGUAAUGGCAAGUUGCCAUUUUUUAAAAACUAAUUAAGUAUUUGGGGAUGAGAUUUUUAGUUAAGUUUUCUUUUAAAAUUCCACAGGUAUUAACUUUUAAGUUAUGGAGUACUUUAAAUACACAAAAAGUUAUAAAUAAGAAUAAUAUCACGAAUUCUUCUAUAUCUAACAUCAAGUUUAAGGAAUAUAGUCACAUUUCAUGAGUACCCUUCCCUAAUUCCACAAACCUUUGUAUGUCUGAUUAUGAAAAUUUUCUGGUCUGAUUUUUUUUUCUAAUUUUAACAUCUAGAACAGAAAUGGAAACUUAUUUCUGCAUGUUUUCGAUUGCACCUCAUGCCUCAGAAAUUCUAGUUGAAUGUACUCUUGUUUGAAUAGGAAUCAUCAUAUAAGUAAUUUUUUAAGAAUAAGAAAAUAUUAAGCCUGUAGCACCACAGUUCCAUCGAAAUCAAUCUAUAGCUUGCUUUUAUUCAACAGUUUUGUGCAGAGCCAUGAAUUUCAGCAACUUUUGUUCACCAUUGCCCUGCUCUUUCCUUGCUGCUCUUAUUGCUGAUCUUAUAUUUCUCAUAACACGAAAUAUAAUGAUAUUCAUACAGGGGCAGUAUGUGAAUUUCAGGAUACAGUGGUGACUGUUUCUGAAUUCUUGUGUUCCAGAUAAAAAGCCAGACUAUGCUAAAGCCCUUCAAAGAGCACUGACUACUAGACAAUUAGAGUGUAAUAUAGUCCUCUUAUAUUGAUUUACUAAUAUGUUUACUAUGAAAUACUUUGGAAAUAUCUUUAGGUAAAAAUUAGAAUCGAAUUUAUGGAGGGUUAUGUUUUAUAGGAAUAAAUGACUGUAUUUCCAUAGAUAAAUUUUGCCAACAAAAGAAGAUCCAAUGUAAUAUUCACACUAUAAAAAUGCAGUACCAUCCUACUUCUUUGUUAUGUUUAGAUCUAUAUGUAACCAAAUGUUUACACAACACAAAAAAAAGUUACUUUAAAAAAAUGCUGCCACAGCCCUAUCCUUGUGGCUCUGCCAGCAGAACUCUGCUUGCUUACAAUUUUUAUAGUGUAUUCUUAUUACCUAACCUCAGAGUAUCUUUACCAAAGAGUUUUAAAGUAAAUCUCUUUUUAAUAUAGACUUAUAUUUUAUAAGAAGUAAUGUGUACACACACAGAAAUAUUUAGACUUAGAUAUUUUCCUUUCACAAGAUCUAAUAAGGAAAGAAUUCUACCAUAUUUUACUGUUAGGAUUUCCUAAAUAUAAGAUUUAUAUUUCUCUUUUUACCUGUUUUAUAUAUCAUUUGAUUUAAGUAAUGCAAAGGUUCCCUUUUCUGUAUUAUAUACAUAUAAUAUUGCCUAUAACAGAAUUAUAAAGAUCAUAUUAACUUGAUGAUUAUACUCAUUGUCUUUUGAUAUAUUAUCUUAAUUGUUAUCAUUUUAAUACAUAAAUAAUGAAAUAGAAUAGAGUCUAUAACACAAAGUUUGUAAGGAAAAUAGCAGAUUUUUUAAAAGUAUCAAAAGCACAAAUAUUUGCUAUUUCUGUAUAAUGUGAGAGACAUA